AUGUCAUCCUCUUCGCAGCCAUCGAGGGUCGUGCCUCAGGAUCAUGGCAAGCAGCCUAACACCAACACCGAAUCCAGCACCAAGGCAACAGACAACGACAGCGAUGACGGCAGUAAUGACGAAGACGAAACUGGUCCUGGAGGAGAUCUCCCCAUGAGCAUGACCGCUUCAGUCAUGUUGACACAUCUGCCCAAGGACGCCAGCCAGGCCUUGAAGGAGGUAGAAGAGAUUGAUGAUCGAAAAGUUUCUGUCCGCUUCCAACCCGUUGGCUCUGCCCCAAUCCUCAAACAACGUGUCUUCAAAAUUAGCGCCUCGUCGAAAUUCAGCGUGGUAUUGAACUUCCUCAGGAGGAAAGUUGGUGCCAAAGAAGGUGAUGGGCUGUUUUGCUAUGUGAAUAGUGUUUUUGCGCCAGGCUUGGAUGAGGGUGUUGGCAACUUGUACCGAUGUUUCAAGGUUGACGACCAAUUGAUCGUCAGCUAUUCCACAACGCCGGCUUUUGGAUGA